AUGGCCACCCCUGGAGAAGGCAACCAACCCAGUGAUGAAGGGGCACCCCAGCCAGUGGUACAGCUGCAGCAGCUUGAGCCCCGGGUGGCCCGCAGACGCCUGUCCCAGGCCCGCCAUCGAGCCACCCUGACAGGGCUCUUCAACAACCUAAGGAAGACAGUUUACUCCCAGUCUGAUCUCACAGCCUCAAAGUGGCAGGUACUGAAUAAGACGAAGAUUCAUAUUCAGGAACUGGAACAAACCCUGGACAAUUUGCUGAAGCUCAAAGGAUCCUUCAACCUGGAGGAUGGGAAUGCCAGCAGCCUAGAGGAGGUCAAGGAAGAAUACGCCAAAAUGUACUCUGAGGAUGACAGUUUUCCUCAGAACAGCUCCCCGCCAUGGUACCUCAACUUCUACAAGCAGACCAUGGACCUCCUGACCAUGAAUGGCAUCAUCUCCCCACAGGAAGAGAUAAUCCCCAUCGUCUCCGCGGCCGUCUCCCACCUGUGGCAGACUCUCUCUGAGGAGAAGAAAGCCAGUCUCCUACAGGUGUGGGAGCAGCAGAGCACCACCUUCUCAGACCUCGCAGAGGCCUGUCUAGAGCUGGCCUGUGUGGAGGAUAGUGUGAAGGACAGCGGGGUGGACAGCCAAGGGGCCAGCUGCUCACUGGACUCCACACCGGAAGAGGCCCUUUUUGAAGAUGCUUUUGAUGUGGCCAGUUUUCUGGACAAGAGUGAGGCUCAGCAGAUGGCUAACAUCAGCUCUGUGUUUGCCAACUGCAACCCAGAAAAUCUAGAGGAGAAAUUUCAGCUCUACAUGCAGAUCAUUGAGUUCUUUAAAGGCCUUUGCUGUGCUAACACUCCACUGAACCAGGAACCAGAUCCCCCGGUCGAUGAUGAUCUGAUGCUGCUCAAGUGCCUGGAGACCUUUGAUGACGAAGACCUGUAA